AUGGAGGACAAGCAAUGGGUGUUUUAUUGGCGCAAGAAAGCAAUUAAAAUUGGACCACAGUUUGAUAAGAUUGUAAAAAUCUUCAAAUUAAUCAAGCCAAUUGGAGACACAGCCGCUGGACUUGACCCCAUUCAUGCAGGAAUUCCAUGGGCCUGCGUAUCAGUUUUAUUACCGCUCAUUUUGAACCACUCCGAAGAACAGGAGGCGGCAUUAAGUGGGCUACAAAAAGUUGUAGAAAUCGUCCAACAAUUUACAUCUCUCAGCUGGGACUACCUCAAUUUCUCACAAGGCAAAUCGGAGAAGCAACUGAAAGAAUCGAUUUCGACUCUGUACUGGAAGAUACUUCGGUAUGAGGCGACUGCAAUUAAUAAUUUCAACAGAAACACAAUUGUAAGACACGCUGCAUCGAUUGUCAGGAAAGAUGAGUGGAAAAAGUUGCUCGGUGAGGUCGAAGAUUGCAAGAACAAUUUCAUGAGCGAUCUACAACUCAAUGACUCGCAAAACCACAAGCGAUUUGAAACCGAACUACGAGAGCUGAUUUUACAGCUAGACAGGACCGAUGAAAAAAAUCUUGAAGUCAUUCAAUGGAUAUCUGAUAAACCACAUAUUUCACAGCAUUACACUGCUCGACAAUUACUUUCGGAGUACCCACAUGCCGGAGAAUGGAUUGUCGAGAAAUAUACCAAAUGGCUGCAUCAAAAUGCAGCGCCUGUGUUUUGGCUACGAGGGACUAUUGGAGUUGGAAAGACUUCAAUCAUGUCUACCAUCGUUCAAUCGUUCUAUUCUGAUGUAGCCAGACAAGAUGAUCAGCGCAUGAUUUAUUUCUAUUGUAUCUCGCCAACAACAUCAGAUAAUGUUAUUCGAAGUCUGGUGUCCCAGCUGGCAUGGACGUUAGAUGGAAAUGCAAUAGAAGCUAGCAUCGUUUCCAUGUUUAAUGAUGCAAAGCCACCUGACCCUACUAUACCGACAACCGAUGAGUGGUCGGCCGCGCUUCUAAAAUUGUGUCAACGAGUCAGUACAGUCAUCAUUGUCAUAGAUGCCCUUGACGAAUGCGUUGAUUUCAGCAAGCUUCUAGCAAAAUUGAGAAAGCUUCAGGCCAAGCAGCUUGAUGGUAUCAAGUUUGUUUUUUCAAGUCGAUUGGAUGUGGAUGUGGACAAGGUUUUCACUGCAUCAGAGGGUGUUAUUUUGACCACCGAAGAUACAUUGAAGGAUAUGACUGAGUACAUUAAAAGCGAAGUGAAAUCUAAAGAGGAAGACAUUGGUUGUAAUGACGAGAAAACCAAGCGACAACUCAUGGAUCAGAUAGUGCUAGUUCUAUCAAAUCUUGCAGGUGGAAUGUUCAAAUGGGUCACCUUGCAGCUUGCAAUAAUGUUUCCGAUCGAAACUCAAACAUUUUUGCCCGAAGAUAUUGAGAUCCAGCUGUUGAAUAUUAAAAAUCGGAACACUUCCUUGGAGCAAUCCUUAAACAGUGCAUACGAAACGGUAUAUUUGAUGAAGACAAAGCCAGGAGCUUACAGUACUAGCGUCUUCAAGUCAGUUUGCAAAUGGCUAUUAUGCUGCAAAACUGCACUGCGCGCAGACGAGGUUCUUAAAGUUAUCGAGCUGUCGCUUGAUCAUGAUCCUAAACUUCAGAGAAUAACGCGAAGUCCUUUGAGCACAGAAGUUGUGUUGCAUUGCUGUAGCAACUUUGUUAUUCAAAAUUCGGAAGGCAAUUUUCGAUUCGCCCACUUAUCGGUCGAGGAGUAUCUCACCAAUCAUUGCGCUGUGAAAGUCGAGUUUCAAUGUGAAGAAUGUCACUUUUUUGUGAUGAAGACCUGCCUAGCUUUCAUGGCGCCAAAAAGAUUUGAGUCGGUUGAAAGAAUAAAGCACGAAUAUGAUGUCAACGUGAGAAACCAGACAAGGAAACUGGGUUGGGAGUUUUUUACUUUUGAAAGAUAUUCCAUCUGUUAUUGGGCCUAUCAUGCCAAAAAUUCUGUCCCAGGAAGGAGAUGCAGGGAACCUCUCUAUAAAAGCUUUGCUCUUAGUGCCAAGCUGAGCCCUUCAUUAAAGUGGUGGUUCGCUCAAAUCGACGCCUAUAACUACUCAGGAAGCAUGGAAAGCCAGAUCACGGAUGUUGUAGACGAGGUGUUGGGUGAUCUUCCACAAUCAAAUCAAUAUCCAUCCAAGAGUCGUCUUAGAAUGCUGGGAGCAGCCUUCAAUCUUCCUGAGAUUUUGGAGAACGGGAUCAACAAUUAUAAGGAAGAAGUCGAUGCGCCAUUACGUGAUGGUCUUACCCCAUUUCUUGUGGCAAUUAGACAUAGCAGCCCUGAUUCAGUGAAGUAUCUUCUGGACCUCGGAGCUAAUCCUAAUCGAAUAUCCGACACUCUUCGCGAAUGCUACGAGUAUGAACCCCCUUAUAUGCAUGACCUAAUUCCUGUUGAAGACAUGAUGUACUGGGUGGCUCCCAGGAGUCGUAACCCCCAAAGACAGAAAGUACGUAAGGAGGUAAAAAAUGUCCUUCUAAAUCACGAGAAGAGUCGAAACCAUUUUCUCAAUCAACUCGAAAAGCGUUUGAGAGAAGGCAUUUAUCUUGAUUUAUCACGAGCUAUGAAAUCUUUUUAUAGAGCUUCCAAUGAGGUACCAAUAUCCGCAAAGAUUUUUGAGGACAGUAUCAAAACCAGAGGUCUGGGUGAGCUGGCUCAAGUUCUUGAUCUUAUGGACGAAGAGACUUUUGAUGAAGAAAUGGUAGCGGAAAUUGUUCGUCAUGAUUCUUGUGAAACCGUAAAGAAGUUUUUUGAGUUCAAGCACGUCGACUCGAUUACGGAGCAAAUGGUCAGGAAUGCCUUCAGAAGCUAUGACUCAAAUACCAUCACAUAUUUUAUGGAGCAAUUGGGUCCUGGUAUUCUAACACGAGAGAUAGUGAUUGAUGCAGUGCCUCCAUAUUACCAGGUUUGGAAAGUAAUACUUGGUGUGAAGGGGAUCCAGUUCGUCAACCAGGAAGUUUUUGACUCGAUGAUCAAAAAUUCAGUUACCAUUGAGACGUUCACCUUUGUUUUGGAUUCUUGUGGCACUGAAAUAGUCGGAAGUUCACAUAUUGUACUUAUAGCCGGUUCCUGGGUCUAUACUCUUGAGGGGUUGAAUGCCAUUCUUCGUGUAAGAGGAUCUUUGGAUGAUUUGAUCACAGAGGAAGCAGUUUUCAAAGCUUUACUGAAUCGAAAUUUCGAUGUGGCAACAUUUUUGCUGGAGAAUGCUGAGGAUGCUCCAUCGUUGUUAACCGAACGGAUCAAAGAUGUUGCUAAUCAUAGUGAUAAUGCUGGGAUGCUGGUUCUUGAAAAAUUUGCCAACAGUACUUGUGAUUGA